GUCAGAAUGUACGUAGCCAUACGUACCUAUGUAGGGAUAUCCCUUUCACCUCUUAUACAUAGAGACUCUAUACAUAUGUCUUCCCGGUCGUUUGCUUUUUUCUUAGCUGUUUACCUCUGUUGAACAAAGACCAAAUAAUGGUAUGUGCGAAGCUCAUCAGCGUAUCGUAAUAUCCGUAUCAACUUUCCUAAUAUUCCAUUCCUAAUUUCCGUAGUAAGGCAGGACUCCUACUGCUUUUUAACCCCUAGACAGGCAGAGGAUAUGUUGUUUCUACAUACGGUAGUCCAUAGCUUAAUCCGUUUGCAAUCCAUCAACUUGCUCGCUGCGCUUGUUGUCUAGUUAACUCGCUCUCAUAAUUCUCUCCCUUAUUCUGUGUUGUUCUUUGGUAUGAGAUAACGACAAUGGCUUGGAAAUGCCGGGACUGUAAUAGAACCUUCGCUCAAUAUCGCGCUCGGGAGCAACACCUCGACGCAUUAGACCACCGCCCUCUUAACUUCGAGUGUCACUGCUGCUACAAUGUCUCGAGUAGCGAGGAAACCCGCCGGGAUCACGAAACCGAGGACCAUUUCUACUGCCAUGAGUGCGACAGGCAGUUCCAAAACUCCAAUAACAUCAAGAUGCAUCUUAAUUCCCGUAUUCACCGAAAGGGUAGGAUCGCAUGCCCUUUCUGCAAAACCAACUACGCCACAGCGACGGGCCUCGCGCACCACCUUGAAGGCGGCCACUGCCCUCAGGCUUCGUUCCUAAACCGCGAUGAGAUAUUCCGGGCAGUGCGGGCUAAGGACCCCACCGGAAUCCUUUCGAAGAAGCUCAUCGGCUGGCACGGUUCCUCCACGUACGAGGCCUCAGACCAGACGUGGAACGGCCAUGCCUUCGAGUGUUACUUCUGCCACCGCGAUUUCGUGAAUAUCCACGCCUUGAACCAGCAUUUAAACUCGCCUGCCCACCAGCAGGCAUUGUACCACUGCCCGAACCGUAAUGCUUGCGGCCGCGAUUUUAAAUCUCUAGCCGCCGUUAUGAACCACCUUGAGAGCGAAAGCUGCGCCUUUACACGUUUCGAGAACGUGCAGAGAGCUGCCAUCAACCUUAUCAGCGGGGACCGACGCCUCACGUUUGGCUAAACGCCAUGCCGUGAUGUUGAUGAUGGCUUUCGUCAUGGGAUGUUUUACUAUCCCGCCUCCUCGUCAUAGGUAGAUUCGACACAGGUUUCGCGUAACUUUGCAACCCUUCUUUCAUACCAUCGUCUAUCUGGGUUAUAUGCGUGAUUACAUAUCGAAACAGAGUCGGCAGAUCAACUCGCAAGAUUUUGAUAUCUUAAGGAGUCUGCAGCUACUUAUCCGCAUAUGCAAACGCUCCACUCGGCUUAGCACGGCUCUUCUUCAAGGACUGAAGGAACACGGGAGGAGUCUUACCCCGGAGAGGCCAGCUAGGACUCGGAGCUGUCAUGUAUAUGUGGUGUAAGGUACAGUACCUAGUUAAUAAAAACACUUGAGUAACUU